AUGUCGGGCGACUGCUUUGGUUCUGUGCAGAACGCCCUUCACGGCUCUGUGCCGUGUGGCGCGUCAAACCAGCUCAAGCGCAAGCGGCCGUCAACAGCGGGCGCGCUUCCGCCAUCACCCACUUCCGUACAUGACUCUCUGCAGCUCGGGUUUGCGCCUGUGAAGCGCAUAAAAUGCGACAGCCACGAUGCCUGCACAGGCGACAAGGCGUCAUAUAUCGCGUCACCGCCCUCAUCACCCGUGCUGUCUUCCCCGGCGCCGCUGCCUGUGGCUGAUGCGGCUGCGAUGGAAAGCGUCAAGGACGUGGUGCAAUACCAGUUCGGCUUCGAGAUCCUGAUGAAGCACAAGGAGUUGCGGUUGAUCGAACAGGAGAUGGCCAAGUGUCAGGUAGCCUUGGAGCAACUGCGACGCUGUCACCUGAUCCCGUAUCCCACCGCGUGCCCAACGCCGGAACAGAUGCUGGAUAUUGCCACUGGUCGCGGCACCGCCGUACGGCCACGACCCGGCGCUGCGGUGGCAAAGUGGGCUGCUCCGUUUGGGGUUGUUGACGGUCCGUACGCACGACACUACGCCAAGUGGCUCAUUCCCGAUCCGGUGUUCGAUGGGCCGCUGCCCAACUGGCCGGGUGUUGCACCCUCAGCGCGGUCCAAGGGCUUCGCAACGGCAGAAGCGCGGGCGACGCGGAAUAGCCUUCCCGAUAGCAGCAGAGGACGUCCGAUGCGUGGCUUAGCCGGCCAGAAGCUGCACGCUCUGUCGAACGGAUAUCCGCAGCCCAAGGACAAGGCUGGCCCUUGCGUGCUGAAGCGGGCCGACGGCAAGGUUGUGAAGCUGGUCUGCAUCGACUGCCAUCGGGAGAACUUUUCCAGCACUCAGGGGUUCAUCAAUCACUGCCGUAUUGCUCACAAGCGCGACUUCAAGAGCCAUGAGGAGGCUGCCGUGCACUGUGGCCACCCCAUUGACGCCGACGCUCCGCCGCCGAAGAAGAGCGAUCCUCAGGCCGGUUCGGGGCCCAAGUCUGCAAGUGGAGCUGGCGUCGCUACCCCACACUCUUCACCAUCGACUGCCACACCGUCUUUUGUCACAGCAUCGGCGACUGCCUCGGCUGCUGCCCAAGCUGCUGCUACUGCUGCUGUGGUGGCUAGUCUAGCCAUGCCUGGUCCGUCCUAUACGCCGAAUGCUUACAGCAGCGCUGUGCCCGGUCACGUCUAUCCUCUGGCGCGCAGUGAUGCCGAUGCGGUCAACUCGCUUCUCCGCCACAUCGAAGAGUCGUUCAAGCAGUGCACAUCGAGUGCUGUACCGGCGAAGAGCGAGUCGACCAAGAGCAAGGCUGGCCAUGCUGCUGCUUCUGCUGCUGCUGCGUCCUUUGUAGGCUCGGACAAGACGCCGUUCCUGUCUCGGUUCAUGCAGGAGAAGAAGCUUUCGGGCAACCUGCAGGCGUGUGUGGACGAUGCCAAGGAGGUGAUGGACCUGGACGAUGAGUUCGGGUGGACGGGCGACGUGGGCGACGAGCUCACGCCGGAGCCAUCGUCGGCAGUCACGGCGACGCCAGUUCCAGCAGCUGCUGCUAAGCGCAUGCCGGCCAGACAGGCAAAGGCUACGGUGUCGUUCGCGAGCAGCAUGGACGCGGGCGUCUCGGACGACUCGUCCUCGCGACGUAGCAGCAGCAAGAGCGUGUCGUCGCAGAUGUCGUUUGGCUCGGCCAGCGUAUGUACGUCGAUGGACUUUGACAACAAGACGGUGAAACACACGGCCGUUGGGCGGAUCUACGACGAUGACGAGAUGGACGUGGACCUGAGCCCCAACACGAGUGUGAGCAACAACGCGCCGUCGCUUGUUAGUGACGAUGGCGAGUAUGAUGAUUCUGACGACGGAUCGGCGUCCGAGACUAGCGACACGGACCUGGAGUCGAUGUCGGACGUUGCCGAGAUCAACAUGGACGAGGACGAGGACCAGGCACACGAGACGCCGCGGCCGCUGCGCCAUCAUCGGGUCAGUGCCGCGUCUGCUUCGGCGAUGAAGCUGAAGAAGGACGAGGCUAAGCAUGUCGCCUUUGUCAGCCCGGUGACAGGGACAGACAAUGUCGACCCGCAGCCACAAUAA